AUGAUGUCUAGCACAAAUAUCCUAACGAGCCUCUUUCUGCUACCCUCUCUUGCUCAGGUCGCAUUUUCAGCAGUGACCAAGAGAGCAACGGCUUGUAACAACUCUCCAGACUUGUGCAGCAAAGCAUACAACAAUGUAACCUACCUUGGUGCUCACAACUCGCCUUUCCUACGCGAUACAUCUACUGGUAACUCGGCAAGUGGGAACCAGUUCUACAACUCUACUGUUCAGCUCAGCGCUGGUGUCAGGUUGUUAACUGGCCAAGUCCACAACAACAAUGGUUCAUUACAUAUGUGCCAUACAAGCUGUACUCUCCUCGAUGCUGGACUGCUCAGUGACUGGCUCUCAGAGAUCAAGACGUGGAUGGAUGGGAACCCAAACGAGGUCGUAACCGUUCUUCUCGUUAACUCUGACGAUACGUCUGCCUCGGAUCUUGCACAAGCGUAUACUACUGCUGGAAUCACAUCUUACGCCUACACUCCCACAUCAACCACACCUCCAACCGAAUGGCCCACUUUACAGACCCUCAUCAAUGAUGGAAAGCGUUUGCUCAACUUCGUUGCUAGCAUCGAUGACAACAGCGCUGCGCCAUAUCUCAUGAAUGAGUUUACCUACAUCUUCGAGAACAACUACGAUAACACAUCCCCAUCCAACUUUUCCUGCGCAGCAAACCGACCCUCUACAGUUACCACAAGCUCUGCUCUGCAGCAAAACAUGAUGCCCUUCAUGAACCACUUCCUCUACGAGACUACAGAUCUGUUUGGAACCACCAUCGAGUCUCCUGAUCUCGGCAACAUCAGCACCACGAACUCGGCAUCAGGUGGCGUUGGUGCUUUGGGAACCUCCGCAACAGAGUGCACCACUACUUAUGGCCGAGCUCCAACAUAUCUCUUGGUAGACUUCUUCAAUGUAGGCCCGGCCAUUGAAACUGCAGACAGGCUGAAUGGUGUCACCAAUCCUGUCGGCAGGACCAACGUGAGCACUGCUGCCUCGGCUCCAGCCAGUUCUGGCUCUACACGCAGCGGAGUUUCGACUUUCUCGUUGGUCACAGCAUUGAUCGUCGCCUUCGUAUUGAUUGCAUAG